AUGGCUUCGUCUAAUCCGUUUCGCAAAAGUGCUGCCAUUACGGUAGACACAGCUACCUUUCCCAACCACGCAUCCUCCGCCGCUGCUCGUUUCCCUGCUCUCGAUGCAAUUGAAACAGCAUCAACCCCUCCACCACCGACUAGCUUCCAGCAAGCCGGCGCUUCUCCCAUUGACUCAAAAUCCAAAGUCAUCAAGAAGGUCCGAGUUCUGUCACCCCCGCCGCUCUCUCCCGACCCUUCAGAGUGGGCUUUCACAGCACCUUCUCUUGCGCAAUAUGCCGCAGAUCAACAAAACGAACCCGACCGCUUCGAUACGACAUCCACCGAUGAUAGCGAUCGCGAGAUGGUAGCUGCUUCUGCCCACCACCAUACCCCGACUGGCGGUCAAGGGCCAGGAAACCCGUUCAGCAAGACAUUGCGAGACCUAGAUUCGCCUGUGGCAGAACGAAAACUUGAGCAGGAGCGGAAGGAAGAAGGCCAUGCGCUCAAGGCUGCCAACACAGUAAAAAAAUCAUUGGACGUUAAUUCUUUCAAGAGGUUGCUCAUGACGGGCAAUUCUGAGUCAGACAAGUCGUCACUCAAAACCCGACAGUCGAUGCCACCGCCAGCGAGAGACGGGAAAGAUAGACCCUCUAUAUUUCGAACAACAUCGCACGAGGGCCCUACAGAUCUAUCGACUCCCAAAGAAGAACUUCAAGAGGCGUCACUUAUAUCUCAAGAAGCCUCGGAUACCCCGGAAGAGGACCUGGACCAUGAAAGCAUUUCCGACUCGAGUACAUCGGCACAAGUCAGUUCAAGAGGCAGUAAAAAGCCACCACCACCACCUAGUUCUCGGCAUGGAAAGUCCAUAAAGCUCGACUUGGUCGGGAGGGAGAUGUCUUCAGAAGCUCUUGCGACAAGGUCGCAAUCGGAUAUGAAUAAACCGCUACCACCUGCACCUGUCCGAAGAAGUCUGGAAGAAGGAAGCGAGUCGCCAUUUGACCGUGAAUCAGCUGGCAAAGUCCCAGAGGCUGGAGCUGGAGUAGGUAUAGCAUCGCCAGAACUGCCUGGUAAUGGUCGAAAGGCAGUUCCUGCACCACCACCAAGAAGAGGGCACGCGAGGGGAGAGAGCAAGGUAUAUGCGUCCGGCCUAGGGUUGAUGCAUCAGCAGUCCGCGCCUAACGACGAGAACCUGUCGCGAUCAUCGUCCACGAGACGUCGCCCAGAGCACAAUCGUCGUGAUUCUCAGGCUGGAGCCCCUCCACCACCGCCGCCGAGGUCACACCACAGCUCGAGACAAUCUACACAGAUUCCGGCAGGCGUGGCCUCAAGUUUUACAGAUUUGAGUCAAUCAUCGUCAUCUCCGGCUCCAUCUGUUGACGUUGAUUUGAGCACAACUUCGACACCCUCACAGCUGCGCCACUCGUCUACACUUGACUUGACCCCUCCUCGAGAUUCUCAGCCUGGAAACCAUCCAGCUGGCACCACUAAGUCUUGGGCCCCACCACCGCCACCUGCCCGCAACACCUCUGUUCGACGACCUGCCAGUAUCAGAAGCGUCGAUAGUAGCCGGCGGGUUUCAUUUGAGUCAAAACCUCAUAACCAGAUUGCUCCGCCUCCACCACCUCGAAGGCAGCGAGGUAGUAGUCGAGGCAGUGUGGAUGGGCCCAGAAGAACAAGUAUUGAUAGUGUAGGAAAGGCUGGAUCGAUUCAAGUUACUGAAGAGGAACCCGACGGUGUUACAGCGACGAUGGGUUCUGGUCCCUCAUCUCCGCGAUCGGCGAACGAGCCAGGACACAGCCUUGACAUCCUGGCGGAUCUCGACGCCCUUCAGAGAGAGGUGGACGCAUUGCGGGGGAAGAUAGGAUGA